AAUGAUGAACUCGUGUCCUUAGUGCAGCUAUGUUUUGAUAUACAAGCCAAGGGGAUAUAGCUAUAGGCAUGAAUUCAUUACACAACUACAUACACAUUUAUUGUGUUGUACGAGUGCAGUAACAUGAAAGGGCAAUCCGCAUUUGAAAUGAUGAAGUGGUCUCCUCACCACUGUUUUGGUAAAAAGCUGUGGAAUGGGGCUGGAGAAAUGUAACCGCUUAAAUUAGAACUAUGUAUGCAAGGUCUGUGACCAUUGUUAAAGAUUGAUGAUAUUUACUAGAAGAGAGAGACCAAGUUGAGACGCUAGACCAGGUGGAUAAGGUAUGAUAUUUAAGGCAGUUUAAUAAGUUGCAAAGAUAUCUGACAACACGUGCACGGGCUCGUCCAUUUAGCUCAGAGGGAGCUAGCAGGAGGAGCCCCGACUCAUAUUCUGCAAUACAUUUUAUACAGUGAAAUGACGUAGUUAGAUUCUAGUAGUUCUGCUCUCCUGACUGGUCGCUGUGAGUGGAGGGCGGUCCCCUUCAGGCUGAUAUCAAUGUUCCAUUGGUUCUCAGUAGUGUUCUUUGUCCUUGGAACUCCCGCCUGAAACAGGGGUUUGUGUGUGUGUGUGUGUGUGUAUAUGCAUGCGCAUGCUCGUUGAGUGCCAUGCCGGUCUGGGUUGUCUCUUGUAUUGACAAGAUGUUGAAGCAGACACCAGCAACUGGCGCCUGAGGUCAGAGCGCCCCCCUGCCUUAUCAGUGCUCAUAAAUGGUUUGUGUCAGCCAUCUCUCUCUGUGUGUGUGUGGGAGUAAGGUUAGUAUCUGGCACAGGCAGAACUGGUUCAUCUGUGGGGUGCAGCAAAGUGUUACAACCACGUCUGCUUUAAUAAUGAAGGCAUUAUAACAAUAUUAUAGCUAACACCAUCCAUUAUAUCAAAAUUAUAGUUUUGACCAUGUUUUGAGGCUAUACAGUUUAUUUACAUGUAUGUUUACAAAAAUUGAAGAUAAUCUAUGGGGAAAUCGUUUUUGCAACCUUCCGGUUACUAGUCCAACGCUCAAACCACCUGCCUUACAUUGCACUCCACGAGGAGCCUGCGUGGCAGGCUGACUACCUGUUACGCGAGGGCAGCAAGAAGCCAAGGUUUAUCUGCAUAUACCCUUCCUAUGUAAACAGUAAGAAGACCCUAGCAGAGGGGAGACGGAUACCCGCUGAAAAGGCAGUGGAGAACCCUACUUGUGCUGAGAUCCGUCAUGUGUUGACAGUAGGGGGGGCAAAUGUUCUUAUGGAGGUAAAGACGUGAUGAUCUACUGUGCUGAGAUGAUCCCCAAACUGAAGACCCAGACCGGUGCGGUGGCAGACUCUGGCUCCCAGCAAGGGGAGGGCAGCAGGAAAAGCAAGAAAGAGGAAGUAGCCACACAAAGUCCCCCAUGUUGCUGUGCGAAACCAACAAAGAAAGGAAGUAUUUCGCAAGGAACUUGUACAAUGGCAGAAAGAAUGAAAGAAGACUCAUUUAUGUGAUGUCAUUAUCUAUUAUAGGCCUACUUGUGAUGUUUAUGCCAUCAGUCACAUGUAAUUGUAAAAAUACAUAUUUUGGGGAUACGUUGCAUUCGUAAAGUAUUCAGAACCCUUGACUUUACAGCCUUAUUCUAAAUGUUUUUUUAAAAAUCCCUCAUCAAUGAACACACAAUACCCCUAAAUGACAAUGCAAAAACAUUUUUGCAAAUGUAUAAAAAAAAAAACAUAAACCUUUUCCUUAAGUAUUCAGACCCUUUACUCAGUACUUUGUUGAAGCAUCUUUGGCAUGACACUACAAUCUUGGCACACCUGUAUUUGUGGAGUUUCUCCCAUUCUUCUCUGCAGAUCCGCUCAACCUCGUUCAGGUUGGAUGGGGAACGUCGCUGCACAACUAUUUUCAGGUCUCUCCAGAGAUGUUUGAUCAGCUUCAAGUCCGGGCUCUGGCAGUGCCACUCAAGGACAUUCAUAGACUUCUUCUGAAGGCACUCCUGUGAUGUUUUGGCUGUGUGCUUAGGGUCGUUGUCCUGUUGGAAGGUAAACCUUCGCCCCCAGUUAGAGGUCCUGAGCGCUCUGGAGCAGGUUUUCAUCAAAGAUCUCUCUGUACUUUGCUCCGUUCAUUUUUGCCUCGAUCCUGACUAGUCUCCCAGUCCCUGCCGCUGAAAAACAUCCCCACAUCAUGAUGCUGCCACCACCAUGCUUCACCGUAGUGAUGGUGCCAGGUUUCCUCCAGAUGUGACGCUUGGCAUUCAGGCCAAGGAGUUCAAUCUUGGUUUCAUCAGACCAGAGAAUCUUGUUUCUGGUCUGAGUGGAAAACUCCAAGCGGGCUGUCAUGUGCCUUUUACUGAGGAGUGGCUUCCGUUUGGCUACUCUACCAGAAAGGCCUGAUUGGUGGAGUGCUACAGAGAUGGUUGUCCUUCUGGAAGGUUCUCCCAUCUCCACAGAGGAACUGGAGCUCACCUCCCUGACCAAAGCCCCUCUACCUCGAUUGCUUAGUUUGGUCGGGCCGCCAGCUUUAAGAAGUGUCUUGGUGGUUCCAAACCUCUUCAAUUUAAGAAUGAUGGAGGCCACUGUGUUCUUAGGGACCUUCAAUUUUGCAGACAUUUUUUGGUACCCUUGCCCAUAUCUGUGCCUCAACACAAUCCUGUCUCGGAGCUCUGCGGACAAUUCCUUCGACCUCAUGGCUUGGUUUUUGCUCUGACAUGCACUGUCAACUGUGGGACCUUAUAUAGACAGGUGUGUGCCUUUCUAAAUCAUGUCCAAUCAACUGAAUUUACCACAGGUGUACUCCAGUCAAGUAGUAGAGACAUCUCAAGGAUGAUCAAUAGAAACAGGAUGCAACUGGGAAGUAUGAGUAUUUGUAGAUGAAAAAUGCAUAUUUGGCAUACAUUAAUGUCAUAAAUAGACAAGAUAUUGAGUUUCUUAAACAGGUGCAGACGGAACCGGGCAAUUAGAGGUGGCUUGUCUUGCAAAUGUAUUUUGUAUGAUGAGUAAUUUGUGUAGGUAGGAGGCGUAUGUACCGGCCCAGACAAUAUUACAGUAAUCGAGAUAUGGCUAAAUUAAACUAUAGUAUGGAGUAAGCAAGCUUGAUUAACCAAACCAGUAAUAUUUCUGAUGAUACCAACAGAUUUCUUCACUUUGCUACAGACAAAUUGAAUAUGAUCUUUCCAGGAUAGCUUUUCAUUAAUUAGAACUCAGAGGAAUCAAAUGGAUGUGACUUGUUUCAUUUCAUUCCCACCGAUUUUAAGAUUCUGGCACUUUUUAUAUAUUUCUUACAAUAUUUCUUAUUCUUACUUGUGAAUACUAUAAAGUUAGAUUAUAUUAUUUUUACAUUUUAAAAAUAAUUUGUUUCUCUGGAACCAUUCAGAACAUUUGGCUUCAUUAAUUAGUGCAUCAAAAUUCUUGUGUAAUAAAAUCAAAUUGGUAUCAUCAGCAAAGAGAAUGGGAAGUAUGGAACACACAGCAGCAUGGACCUUGAUAUAGAUUAGGAAUAACAAAGUUCCAAUUAUCAAACCCUGUGGCACUCCACAGGAUAUCUUGGCCCUGGUAGAUGCACAGCCGUUUGCACAAACAAAUUGCUCUCUGUCAUAAACAUGACUAGAAACCAAUUAUAUGUGUAAUCAUGAACCUUAAUGCAAUUUAGAAAGUAAUAUUUAAUGAUCAACCGUGUCAAAUGCUUUGGAUGUACUGUAGGUCUGUAAGUCUACGCCUAGCCAUCGUUUCAGCUUUCAUUUGAUGACAGCAGAGUUUAUUCCAAUAAUGUGCAAGAGAUGUAUCUGGUUAGAAGGGGGGGAAAUUGCUUUAGUAAGGAUUUGCCUACUGUAUAUUUCGGAUGUUGUUGGAUAUAGAUGCUAUCAACAGCUGCUGAUGUAGUUUCCUAUGGGUUUGCCUCAGUUCUCUCUUGUGGUUAAAACUGAAACCAUUUAGAAAGGAAAGCUCAAAGAUGGGGGACAACAUGGAUUUCUCAGAGCAUUAUGUCACAGAAGAUCAUGGGGAGUUUGACUUGUAUUAUGACCCGUUAAAUGAAAUCUCUGUGUCAGAACAAGGGCAUCGAUCCAUAUCAGUGGUGUCCAUAGUUCUCUGCAGCAUUGCCUGUGUCCUUGGUAUCCCAGGCAAUGCCUUUGUCAUCUGGAUAGCUGGAGUGAAGAUGAAGAGGACAGUCAACACUGUCUGGUUUGUAAACCUGGCUGUAGCAGACCUCCUCUGCUGUGUCUCCAUACCCUUCUCCAUAGCUGACAUCAUACUGAACCCUCACUGGCCUUAUGGAGAUGCUAUGUGUAAGAUUCUUCCGUCGAUGGUCGUCCUCAACAUGUUCGCCAGUGUUUUCACACUGGUUCUAAUCAGCCUGGACCGCUUUGCUCUGGUCAUCCUGCCUGUCUGGGCCCAGAACCACCGGAGCAUCACCCUGGCCUGGCUGCUCUGUGGUCUGGCCUGGGUCCUGGCCCUGCUCCUCAGCCUCCCCUCUAUGAUGUACAGAGAAAUAGAAGUCCAUGAUGAUAUGAACAUAACACUGUGCAUCUAUAACCACCUACAAGACAAAACUGAGGGCAACCAGUCGGCUAUCAAAGCCACCCACGUCACCAGGCUUAUACUCGGCUUCCUCAUCCCCCUACUGGUCAUCGCUGUCUGCUACCUGCUGAUCGGUAGGAGGGUGAGCAGCGGCCGUUUUAAAUCCCAGAGGGCCUUCCAGAUAAUUUUGGUUGUGGUGACAGCGUUCUUUGUGUGUUGGCUGCCUUAUCACGUCAUUGGACUGAUGAUCGAGUAUGGCGAGGAAGCCUCCCAGGACAUGGCCAGGGCUCUAGACCCCCUGGCCAUCUCUCUGGCUUAUGUCAACAGCUGUCUCAACCCUGUCCUGUAUGUGUUCAUGGGUCAGGACUUCAAGGAGAGGGUCAGGGUUUCUCUACGUAAAAUAUUUGAGAAGGUCUUCAGCGAGGAUGUGACUCUGCGUUCCUCUGUGUACUCCAAGGGACAGUCACAGCUCUCACGUGCCACCAACUCGUCUGAGGCUCAAGUCUGAGUCAGAAAUGUCUGACCUAAAAUGAGUAUAAUCUGAUAUAUAAAACAUUUUACAAGCAAUUAAGAAAUUAGACUUUGACAAUAACAAAAGAGGGUUUAAAGUUCAGUCCAUGCCUUAUUUGAAAUGUUGCAUGCAUGGCUUUUUGUAUAAAGCUGUUGGGUUUUUGUUUGCAAUUUGUCCUAAAAACUCUUCUGUUACACUUGUGUUUCUUAUCAGUGGGGUGUGGAGGAAGGAAGUAACAACACUGUAGAUUACUCUGAUGAAGACAUACCAAAUGAAAAAAGUUUGUCACCCACCAAUCUUACACUUUUCAUGUAGCACUGCAUCUAUCAUUUAAAAGAACAAACCAAGAAAUAUCAACUGGUGCUGGUUGGUGUAGUUGGUCUCCCGAGUGGCGCAGUGUUCUAAGGCACUGCAUCUCAGUGCAAGAGGUGUCAUUACAGACUGGUUCGAAUCUAGGCUGUAUCACAUCCGGCCGUGAUUGGGAGUCCCAUAGGGCGCAAUUGGCCCAGCAUCUUCUAGGUUUGGCCGGGGUAAGCUGUCAUUGUAAAUAAGAAUUUGUUCUUAACUGACUUACCUAGUUAAAGGUUAAAUAAAAUGUCUCUAGAUAACCACAUUGUGGUGCUUCGAGAAGCACCAUAAUUAAACUUGACUAACCCCAUAUGCUGCCAGUGAAGUUGUCCCUGGAAAUGAAUAGAUUGAAAUGUUAAUUUUCAUGUGUCAGAACAAUCAGAAUACCCUUUUGCUGACAGGCCUACUCAGAGCUAUCUCCUGUAUGUGAUGACUCAUUGGCUGGGCUGGAGUUUAAUUGGAACAGGAGGAAGUCAACUUUUAGCUAAUCCUCUGCUCGAAAACAAACUUACAUUUCACCCUGAGUUCCCUUGUUAUCUUCCCUGUGUUACAUUCCUCCUAAUGGAUGUAAGAGCCAUAUAAAUAGGAUGACUAGACUGGACAAAUCCCCUCAGACCACAACAAUGUGAAAGUACACUUAAGGGAAUGUCCGUUCCAGUAAUUAUCUUUCUGUAUUUAAACUUGGAAUCUGCCUUCUAUGUCCUGUAUGACUAUCAUUGGCCGGUCCAUGCUGUAGUGUAUUGAUGUGGACAAUAAUUACACUUAAAUGUUAUACCAUCCAAUCUCAGUUGCAUAUUUUAUCAAAUAAAUCAAUUAUUUUGAUCA